AUCAAACAAGCUUUGAAUCAUUAUCUUGUGCUUAGUCUAUAAUACAUUACAAACAAAAAAUGGAGCCGCACUAUGCGCCUUUAAGUGAGUCCUGUGCCAAGGCACUGGGUGACAAAGUGUACGAGAAACGAAAAGUUGCCUCCCAGGAGAUUGAGAAAAUGGUCAUAGAGUUCAAUAACAAGAACAAUGCUGGCCAAAUCAGAAAGCUGAUCGAGGUGCUCUCCAAUGACUAUGCCACAUCACGCGAUGCAAAUCGACGUAAGGGCGCUCUCAUCGGCCUGGCGGCGACGGGCUUAGGGCUGGGCAAGGACUCUGAUAAGUAUGUGAAUGAACUGGUGACGCCCAUUAUGAACUGCCUCUCCGAUCCAGACUUGCGAGUGCGCUACUUUGCCUGCGAAUCUCUGUAUAACGUUGUUAAGGUGGCUCGCUCAGCAAUCAUACCAUUCUUUCCUGAGAUGUUUGCGGCGCUCUCUCGCCUGGUCACCGACUCCGAUCAGAUGGUCAAGGAUGGCAGCGAGCUGCUGGACCGUUUGCUGAAGGACAUUGUCACGGAGUCGUAUGAGACCUUCAAUUUGGAGGCUUUUAUACCGCUGCUCAGGGAGCGUAUGUACGUAAAGAAUGCGUUUACGCGACAAUACGUCAUAUCGUGGAUAUCGAUUCUGAAUGCCGUUCCCGACAUCAACAUGAUCAACUAUCUGACGGAGAUUCUCGAUGGCCUCUUUGUCAUGCUUGAGGAUAAUACGCCAGAGAUACAGCGCAUGUGUGAGAACACAAUUAGUCAGUUCCUUAAGUCCAUACGCAAAGAUUCGUCCUCAGUGAGAAUGGAGGACACCAUCAAUACGCUGAUCACACACGCACAAUCUCUCAAUGAGCUUAUCAAGUUUAUUGCCAUUUCGUGGAUACGCGAAUUUGUGCAGAUCUUUGGUCUAAAUGUGCUGCCCUAUGCCAGCGGCAUCUUUACAGCUAUUCUACCCUGCCUCGAGUACGGUGGGGAGUCUAAGCGCAGUAUCAAGGAGUGCGCCGUUUCGGUGAACCAAUCAAUGACGGAUUUGUUUUCAUCAAAAGAACUCAAGUCUCAAGAUGUAGCCAAGAUUGAUUUACGUUCGAUUAUGGAAGUGCUGUCACAGUAUCUCACACACAACUCCAUGCACACUAAGAUUGCGGUGCUUAAAUGGAUACAUCAUCUCUUUACAAAUUUCCCAAAAGAAAUGUCUGCACAUGCCAACAAUUUAAAUAAUAAUUUGCUUCUGACUCUUGCCGACAACUCGGACGAGGUAGUGCUGCAAAGUCUUUAUGUGCUGGCGCAAAUCAUCAACUCGCAGGAUACAGAGAAUUUUGAUAAGACACAUUAUCGCAAGUUUCUGCUAAGUUUGCUAAAUUUAUUCAGCGAGGAGAAACUGAUAUUGGAGAAUCGCGCCAGCCUCAUUAUCAGACAACUUUGCGUGCUGCUUAAUGCAGAGUAUAUUUAUCGCACAUUCGCUGAGAUCAUCGCUGAGGAAAUCUUAAACUUGAAAUUCGCAUCGACAGUUGUGCGUUUGCUUAACAUGAUUUUGCUGACAUCAACGGAACUGUUUGAGCUGCGCACCAGUUUGCGGGAUAUAUCCAAUGAGAAGUCAGCUGAUUUAUUUCAAUGUCUGUACAAAAGUUGGGUUCACUGUCCAGUCUCAACGCUGUCGCUUUGUCUGGUUGCUCAGUGCUAUCAGCAUGUCUCCGAGUUGGUGAUUCUAUUUGCUGAUGUGGAAAUCACUUUGGAGUUGCUUAGUGAGCUGGACAAGUUGGUGCAGCUAAUUGAGUCACCCAUUUUUGCUCCACUGCGUCUAACACUAGUGUCUAAAUCAAAUAAAUGUGCCGAUGCCCAGUAUUUGGCACACGCACUUUUUGGAAUUCUCAUGUUGCUGCCACAAACAACUGCCUUCGAUACGCUGCGCAAUCGCCUGCAAUGCGUGCCCAACUAUUGGGGCCAACAGCCUGUUGAUGAACGCAAUUCGCUGGAGUACAAGAGCGGCAUUGAUUUCGCAGCACUUCGAGAGCAUUUCAUCAAGCGACAAAAGGCAUAUCGGGAUCAGCGAAUAACUCUGCGAAAGCGCAAUGUUUCUAUGCCAGAAAGUAAUUAAUUAUUAUUAAAAAACAAUAUAUUUUAGCACAUAUGUAUGUUAUAUCUGUGAUUAAGCUGCUUAUUAGGCAUAUAUGAAAGUGUAAUUAUUAAUUCAAAUAUAUAAUUGUGUAUGU